CAUGGCGGCCCCCAACAUCACUUUAUCUCGGCCUGUAGUGUUGCUACAAUGCUAGCCUUGAAGUUUAAAUGACCGGCAAAAACAUUUAUACACAUAACAUAAAUUCUACGAAAAACCAUCGGACCUGAGAUGAGGACCUAUGACGGUGGAAACUGUUCAGUUGGAAUAUAGGACUAGAAUCUUUUCGUUGUUCUGCCCAUGAUCUUUUCUUAAUUGUCAAGCUAUAUAAUCCUGAAUCUAUGUCCGCUGAAAAAUGGCUGCGAGAAAUCAUGAACAGGAAAACUGUACGAACUCCCCAACGCACAUGAAGCAGGACCACAUGAGGAGUGCCAUAGAGACAGUCCUUGGCAAGACAGAGCAGAGCUAUGAGGAAUUCAUGAGCUGCUUCAUAGGACUCAAAAAAGAGGAUGUCAUGGAGCACCAGGCUUGUCAGCUCCACAAAAUGCUGAGAGAACAGGACGGUGAGCCAGCAGGAGGUCAGAGGUCACAUAGGACAGAAGAACAUAAAGAUCCAAAAGCGUCAAGAGCUGACAGUGAACAGGGCGACAUUGAAAUGGAGGAGCUAGAUGAGGGACAUUAUGCUCCAACACGCCAAAUAACAGAUUUGACCACGGGACCAAGAUUUGUUCAGAUGGACAAUUUUGUUGAAGAUGCUGAGCUCUCUGAAGAGGAGCCAGGAGCAGACGAUGAUGACGCAGAUUUUGCAUCCUGUCAAUAUGAGUCGUCAUUUAAAAUCGUCGACAGCUCAAGUGCCUCACCCUUGAAGCUCACCGGAGACCUCGUCAGGAGGAUAGGAGGAGCCGACGAUGGAGAAGAUGACAAACUUGAGAUAUCACAAGGUCAACUGGAAGUCAUCGGAGGAGGAGGAUGUGAGAUGCGGACUCUUCCCGGAGAGGCAGAAGAGCAGGAGGAGGUUGGAGUCUCAUCCCUGUCAAACGAUGCAGUUCAUCAGACAGAACUCGACAUGUCAACCAGGAGAAGUCCAGAAGCUGUAACCCCAGGAGACAGCCCGCCAUCAGAGAUGGGAUUAGAGAUCUCCAGUGAUGAAGUGCAGCCCUUUUCACUGGAUACAGACUUCGACUACGAUAACGUCUCACUCACACCAAAGUGGGAUUCGAACCAUGGACCGCCAGGAUGGAAGCCUGGUCUCUGACCUAUACUGGAAUACUUGUUCCUGAAUGACCCUCAUGCUAAAUAAGUGCAGUAUGCGUAUCGAUGUACUAUUGAACAGACUUCAAAGUUGGAUUCGAUGUACAAAAUGAAGGUACAGAUGCAAGUUGGGUUCGAACCAUGGACCAAGAAGAUGGAAGCUUGGUCACCGAUCACAACUGACACACCUGUUGUUUAACAGCGUAUGCAUGUGGAUUUUCAAUGGAGCCAAGUUGGUUUCUAACCUUUGACCUUUCAAGAUGGAAGCUUUGCCAGAAACUGUUGCUUUGAUUUUUAAACUGUGGGGCCUGCCCCCAACACCCUUAGCAGGUCCUGUAAUGGGGUGGGGCUUCAUGAAUUGGUCUAUAAAUGGUUGAUGCCUGAUGGUCUCACAACUGGCCCCUCCACUUUGAAAAACGUUCCACCGUUGUUGCUUAGUAGGGUCAGGGAGGGUGGAAUCCAGCACCCACACCUGGUCCCCUGUGAUUGUCUCGAGUGUAUCUCUUUGUUUCAUAUAUGUAGCACCAUAAGUUUACACUUAGAUGAGAACCCAUGAUUGGAAGAGAGGCUGACCUGGCACGCACUGACUACAUGCACUUGAGUGGAUGUUUAAAAACUGGUUAGCAACUUACAUUUGCGUAGGGGUCAUUCCAUGAGGUUGGGGCACAAGUUGUGACGGUGUCAAUUGGAUUUCAUAAAAAGGAACAGUUAUUCCCCGCAUGUGGAUUCCAAAUAAGCCAUUUGCGACUUAAAUUUGAAUAAAAUCUGGUACACUGAGUUCUUU